UACUCAAGUCAAGUUUAUAUUACCGUCGCCGGCGGUUCAGAAGCCGUCAAUUAAAGAUCCGGAGCCGGACCAGACGCAGUCGUUACCUUCUCAUUUUCCAUUUCUGUCCAGUAAGGAAACAGUAGUGACCUGUACAACUCAUUUCGAUUAUUGUAUAUGGUCUUCGUUAAUUUCUGGAAGUUAUGAUUCAUCGGUGAGUGAAUUGAAAAAAAAAUGCGUUUUGAGCAUUGUCAGAAGAUGUUGAAUUCGAUUUCUGUGUCCAUUGGCUCUAAAACUAUGACUGUUGAUGGACAGAAACAAAAGCUGGAAGAAUCCGUCAAUCUUGCUUGAACAAAGAAGGUGAAAUUCUUGUUCCUAAGUUUGUUUCUUUAAUCUUAACAUGGAAUGGAAUUUAUUUAUGGCCUUAGAUAGGGAAUCUCAUGGACCAUCAACCUUAGUCAUUGUUACAUUUUUAUAUUUUAAGUUACACAAGUAGCGUCACGUUUUGAGCUUUUGAGACAUUUAGAAAUAUUACCAAAACGGUAUUGCAUUUGUUACCAGUAUGACCAACUCGUAUAGUUCUCUGUUUUUUUUACUUCUGGUCUUAGACUCUUCUACGAUAUGAAGAUUGUCUCACAUUAUAAGUCAAAGAAGCCUUAGGAAGAAAAGAAUUAGCAUGGUAGUAGUUUGUCUUUAGUUUCCAUGUCUCACACCAUUUCCAGAGUAAGUUGUAAGAAAUUAAAUCUUUGUUUGUUUUAGAAGCUAGGCUGUAAAUGGUAUCUUAACCCUAAACAUAAACUUCUUGUUAUUGCUUUUGAAUCUCAUGAAACUUCUUGAUGAUGUCCAUGAAGCUGAAAAUUUUUGGUUGCAGAUGAAGAAGAAACUAAAAAGCAGGUUUAGAAACUGGUAACGCUAGCUCAUAUAUAACCAUUUUAUCUUUUCUUUCUCUUCUAUUACAUUACAUCCAUACAGAAUGACUUUUAUAAAGCUAUACAUAGCCAAUUUUUAGUUAAUUCCAGUCGUCCAUUCUAUUUUUUCACCAUUAGGAAAGACACGACCAUAUUCACUUCUAUCACUUUUCUAAAUAUAGACACUAAGGCCCCAUGACUUGAAUUGGUCAAAAUCUCUUUCUCUCUCUCUCUCUCUCUUGUCUCAUUUUCUCUGUCUUAUAUCAUCUUGUCUCUCCUCCCUCAUUUCUCUCCAUUCCCCUGCAUUUCCUUCCCACCAGGAGAAAACUAAGGAACCGAACUCCCCAAGCCUGUCAAACAAUUAAUAUGCCCUCAGGCAAACCUUCUUCUGCCUUCCCUUUACAUCCUCCCAAACCAACAACACCAUUAAAACCUUCCAGCAGCAACAGCAACACCAACACCAACAGCACAAACCAAGCAUGCGCCGCCUGCAAAUACCAACGCAGGAAAUGCGCUCCCGAUUGUCUUCUGGCUCCUUAUUUUCCUCACGACCGUCACCGUCAAUUCCUAAAUGCGCAUAAGCUAUUUGGAGUCAGCAACAUCACCAAGAUCAUCAAAUCCCUUACCCCUCCUGAGAAAGACGCAGCUAUGCAUACAAUCAUGUUUCAGUCCGAUGCUCGUGCCAAUGACCCUGUUGAUGGAUGCUAUGGUAUCAUAAGAAAGCUUCAAUACCAGAUCGAAUACACUAGGAACGAAUUGAAGAUUGUUCUUCAGCAACUGGCUAUGUUCCGUGACCGUGCUCAUCAUCAUCAAGAAACGCAAAUUCAGAUUCAAGAACCAGAGGAUCUCUCGAGUUUUUCUAGUUCUUGUGAUCUAAGCAACAACAGUUCGAUUCCUUACAAUUACCCUCUGAACCACCACGUUGUUCAAGAACCAAAUCAACAACAACAACAACAAUAUUGCUCUUCCGGAAAUAACUUCAGUGGGUUACAAGAAGACAUGUGGUGUCUACAACUUCAAGAUUCAUCAACGACAGUGAAUAUGAAGGCAGGUUUUAUCGAUGAAUGUGAGGACAUAAAGCCCGUGGAAGAGGUUUCUAGCGAAAGACACGAGUUCGAGCCUCAUGAAGCUUUCGUUGAACAACGGAAACUCGACUUGCCUCCUUCCUCACAGUUCAUCAUCUCUUCAUAGCUUUUUAUUUUUUAUUUUUCCACUUCAUUUAAUCUUUUUGUAUGAUCAGGUUUACUCUGUCUUGCUUGAGACGUACGUAGGGCUCAAACACCUCAUUGAUCGAUUUUAAAUAGAUUUUUUCAUGAAUCUUUUGUUUGUAUCUCAAUUUCUUAAUUUAUCUCCUAGGAUUUUAGAUUGAA